UCUGUCAGUCUAUCUAUGAUUCCCCAAAUUUUAUCGACUACAAGAAAAUGAUUUUACAUUUUAAAUUAAAAAAAUGUGUUUUAUUAGCCGCUAUCUUGAUUUUUAAUGCCCAAUGUUACGCUAAUGAUAUUCUAGGAUGUGGCGGAUUUGUUAAAAGUCAUGUCAGCUUGGACUUUUCCAAAAUAGAUAUAGGCCUAUAUACAAAGACAGGAAGUCUAAAAGAGAAGACAGAAUGCGCGCCAACGAAUGGAUAUUAUUUCCUGCCGCUUUAUGAAAAGGGAGAGUACGUGUUAAAAGUCCAUCCUCCACCGGGAUGGAGCUUCGAGCCAUCACAAGUGGAGUUACAUAUAGAUGGGGAAACGGAUCAGUGUUCAACUGGUCAAGAUAUCAAUUUCUCUUUCAAUGGGUUUGGUAUAGCUGGUAAAGUGAUAACCUCUGGCCAAAAGCAGGGUCCAAGUGACGUAUCUGUUGCCCUGGUGAAUGAUAAAGGUGACGUGAGGACCACUGUGACGUCAGCGGGUGGUGACUUCCACUUUACCCCUGUUAUUCCCGGAAGAUAUACCAUAAAGGCUUCUCAUCCAAGAUGGAAGCUAGAUCCUGCUCAAGCUACUGUACAAGUGAAGGAGGGCAACACUGCCUUACCCUUGGGUGUUCUGGCUGUCAAGGGUUAUGAUGUGAAGGGUACUAUAACAUCCUUUGAUUCUCCCAUAAGUGGACUUUAUGUGCUGUUGUACUCCAAAGAGGCAAAUCCCAAGUUUCGAGUGGAAGGCUGCAACACAGCUCUUUUGCAAGGAGUUCCAGAUUCUCCCAUAUGUCAUACGAUUACUGAUACAUCUGGAGAGUUCACUUUCGGUCUAGUUCCAGCUGGAGAUUAUGAACUGUUAGUUCUGAAGACACCACCAGGACAAGUGGCUGUUACGUACAAUGUGAAGCCAGAUAAAGUCCCAUUCUCAGUGCUACAUGAUAGUAUAUUCAUCAAAAAUGCUUUUGAGGUGACCGGCUUCACGAUGGUGGGUACAGCGCUGUCGUCGGCGGGCGGCGCUGGUUUGAAGGGCGUCCGCGUGUUGGUCGACGGGCGGCCGGUCGGGACCACAGACGCGGCCGGCAAGUUCACCCUCACCAACCUGCAGCCGGCCACUUACAAGUUGGGCUUUCAACAUGAGCAGUGCGAGUUCGAGGAGUCGCAGGUGGUGGUGAGGAGCACGGGCCCGGCGCGGGCCGCGGGCGGCGUGGCGCGGCGCUGGCGCGUGUGCGGCCGCGUGCCGCCGCCACACGCCCGCCCCGCGCUCCUCACGCCCACCACGCCCGCCACGCCCACCACGCUCGCCACGGUCGCCGCCACGCCCGGGGAGGACGGUACAUGGUGCACUUUCCUGCCGCCCGGCACUUACUCGGCCAAAGUUGAUGUCAGUGAACAAGAGCAGAGGGAUGGUUUACAAUUCUACCCACUAACUCAGAUAGUGUCAGUAGGCAAUGGGCCAGUAGAUGGGAUCAUAUUCUCUCAGCUCAAGGGACGGCUCACUGGGAAGGUUGUGUGCAAAGUGGCUGCAGACUGCGAAUCAUUACAAGUUACAUUAAGGGCUCUGUCUGUGGACGGUAGCUACGUGGGGAAGCCGCUCACCACUGUUGCUAAAGGUGGGUCUUACGAGUUCUCCGAGGUGCUCCCGGGCAGCGUGGAGGUGUCGGUGAGCGCGGAGAGUCUGUGCUGGCGCGAGGAGCGACACCUGGUGGUGGUCGCGCACGAGCACGCGCCCGCGCCUGACUUCGAGCACGUCGGGUACGUGCUCAGGCUGCACGCAGACCAUCCCAUAGAGGUGGAGUACUCGGGCGAGAAUGGCGUGCAGGGCGUGUUCACUGCAGCACGCGGACCGACGACGCACUGCGUGCCGGCCGCCGGGCGCUACACGCUGCGGCCGCGCGGCUGCCACCGGUACACGCCGCCCGCGCGCACGGGGGCCGCGGGGGGCGCGGGGGGCGCCCGCCGGCCCGAGGAGGUGCGGUUUGUGGCGUCGGCGCACGCGGCGACGGUGCGCGUGGUGGCGCCGGUGGCGGCCGCUGACGUCACACUGGAGGUCACGUGCGGCGGCCGCGCGCUGCCGUCCGCGCCCUUACAGCCGCGUCCGCACGCGUCCGGAGGGUACAUCUACGAGCACACGCUAUACCUGCAGGAGGGCGAGACGUGCUCGGUGUGGGCGAAGUCGAGCUCGCUGGUGGCGGAGGCGAGCGGCCCGCAGCAGGUCACCGGGCGCGGCGACUGCCAGCCCGCAGCACUCACGCUGCGAGCACACCGCGCCGUCACGCUCGCCGGCACGCUGCGGCCGCCCGUCGCCGGCGCCGCCGUCACGCUCGGCGCAGAUGACCUGAAACUAGUGCAAAUUACUACAGAAGAUGGUACAUACAAGUUCGGACCCCUAGAUGCGUCCAAGAAGUACACCAUUGUGGCGGAGAAGGAGUCGUACGUGUUCAGUGCACCGACGGGCCCGGACGACAACAGCGUCAUCACCGCGCACAAGUUAGCUGAUAUCAUCAUCGAUCUACGUGAUGAAGACAAUGAUACACCACUCCAGGGUGCAUUGGUAUCGGUGAGCGGCGGCAACUACCGUCGCAAUACGCAAUCAGGCGCUGACGGUCGACUGCGGUUCCCGGCCCUGCAACCCGCGCAGUACUACGUCAAGCCGCACAUGAAGGAGUACCGGUUCUCACCGCCGCACCAAAUAGUCGUCGUCGAAGACGGACAAGACCACCGUCUCACUCUCAAGGCGAGCCGAGUGGCGUGGUCGUGUGCGGGCCGCCUGGUGUCCGCGGCCGGCGCGGCCUGGCCCGGGGCCGUGCUGCGGGCCCGGCCCCACGCCGCGCGCUGCCAGCCCGAGGACGCCACCACGGACGGCGGCGGCGGCUUCAGAAUUCGAGGACUGCUACCUGGCUGUAUGUACACUAUUGAGCUGAAGGAAUCAUCAAAUCCAGAAUUAGCGGGACUGAAGUUGGCUAAAGCUCCACCUACCAUAGAAAUAAAAGGGAAGAAAGACAUCGAGGAUGUGGUGGUGAUCGCUCACCAGCGGCAGCAGGUGACGGACGCGAGCGUGGUGGUGUACGCGGCCGUGGAGCACUACCGCAGCCUGCGGGUGCGGCUGGCGGGCCCGGCGGGGGGCGCGGGGGGCGCGGGGGGCGCGGGCCCCGGGGGCCCCGAGCUGCGCCUGGACGCGGCGGGGCUGGCCGCGCACCGCAACCGAGGACUACUGGUGGCGCUGCCGCGCCUGCCGGCAGACAACGCCACCUACUCCCUCCAUCUCCACUCCACGCUCUCCAAGGCCACGCACUCCUACCAGGACCAGGUCCGACACUUCGUCUCCGAUGGACGCUUCAAGCAUUUCUACUUAGAGUUCCAGCCGGAGGUGAAGGCAACAUCCCAGGAGGUGCGGCAGAGCUGGGUGGUGGCGGUCCCACUGCUGGUGGCGCUGGUGGUAGCGCUGGCCAGGAGAGGCUCCUUGCUGCAGCUCGCUACCAGCCUCACUGCGCGCUGCACCAAGAACCCUCGCUCAGAACAGACUGACCAGCCUCUAGUGCCCCCCACGACCAGGAGGGCCACCAAGAAGAAGUUCAUCUGACUCCACUCCCAGACCGCCUCACAAUCUUAAUAUUUACAUUGGGUAUAUUAACCAAUGGUCUCAUAAAUAUUGUCUCGUCACCAGAAUUAAGUAGACUAUCCUGGACCCUCAUAUGCCGGGUAUUAAUAUAUAAAUCAAAUCAAAUCAGAAUAAAUAUUCUUAUAGAUCUAUUACACACUUAUGAUAUGUCAAAUCUACCGUCAGUUCGGAGUGCAUUUUGAUAAGAAAAACUGACAAGAAACUCAGCUCUUAUUCUUUUUAAAUGAGCUUGUACAUGAUUAUAAAAAUAUAAAUUCAUUCAUUUGAUUUAAAUUCAAUAAGGAGAUUGCACGGUGAUGUCUUUGGAGACGAAAUACGUGUCGCUCGCAAUAUGGGUAUAUAUCCAAAAACAGUAGCAGCUUGAUCACUAGUGGAGAAGAUCAUAACGCUACCAACGUCGGUGGUCAGGUUUCCGCACUGCAUGUGAUCUUACACAUGCUAAUGGUAGAGGAAUUUAAACCGUAAUUUUUUUCAAAAGAGGUGUUUCAGGCGUUCAUAGGCUACGGUAACCAUUUACCAUCAGAUGGGCCGUAUGCUUGAUUGCCACCAUUCAUUCAUUCAUAAUUUAAGAGCUACGCUCUUGUCGGUGGAGCUCUUGCCACUUUCCGCGAUCUUCCAUAGUGCUCUUUAAUUCUUGAUACGACACGACUCCCAUUUUGUCCUCAAUUUGUUUGAAGUAGCUAUUCCUUGGUCUUCCCC